UGAGGACAAUGGGUUUAAAUGAAGCAGAAUGUCCCCGUAUGAGGACGCAGGGUCUCAGGAGGUUAAAUAAAGUAACAGCACUGCUUCUGUUUGCUAAUAGCUGUGCACUGAAGUGGUCACUGAUGGUGCAGAGGGUGAUAUUAUCGUACAAAUAUGACAGUUAUUGUACGUCUUGCGACACUAGUGAAACUCCAGAAUGUUUUUGCAUGUGUGCAGGCCGACUGAAACCCAGCAAGAAGCUUAAAACAUUUCACUUGGACACAGAGGAACAACGUCCCCUUUCUUUAACUCACAUAUUGAAAACAGCUCGGAGGGCCGUGAAUACAAGCAGCUGAUCUGCUCCGUUUAAAACACAUGUGAGUCUGUGUGUUCAGCUCAAGGUCAGGGAGUUGUUUCACUAGUCACUGCUUUUUUUAAUUUUAUUUUUUUAUAUCGUUUUGUGCCCCAAAACAAAUCGAGUCACUCCCACGGCUGAUGUCGGAGGAUCAUGUGAAGCCGAUCACAGGUUGUCGAAUUGAAGAACUCCCUCCCGAGGCCCCCUGCUGACGGAUAACAAGCACAUCGCACUAGUCUGGGAGCUUCAUGAGUCCGCGCUCAUAACCACCAUUCAUCUGUGUGUGUGUGCGUCUGUGUAGCACCAUGCUGUGGACAGUGCUACUAGCGCUGCUGGUGCUCCUCCUGCUGCAGACUCAGCUGUCCGUGUGCUUAAGGGAAUUACGCACCGGGGGUUCAAGCCCUCCUAUCUCCUCCUCUCCUUCGUCAUCCUCCUCCUCCUCCUCCUCCUCAUCGUACAACGCUACCCAGCAACGGCUGCCCGGAGCCAUCAUUAUUGGCGUGCGGAAAGGCGGCACCAGAGCCCUGCUGGAAAUGCUCAACCUGCACCCAGAUGUGGAAGUGGCAAAGGCCGAGGUGCACUACUUCAACGUGGAGGAGCACUACCGCCGCGGUCUGGCCUGGUACCAAGCCCAGAUGCCCUUCACCCUCCCGGGUCAGCUGACGGUGGAGAAGACCCCCGGCUACUUUGCGGCUCCCCAGGUUCCCUCACGCGUGUGGGACCUGAACCCGUCCGUCCGUUUGUUGCUCAUCGUCCGAGACCCGGCCGAGAGGCUCGUCUCCGACUACACCCAGGUCCUCCACAACCGCCUGGCGCAGCACAAGUCCUACGAGCCGCUGGAGGAGCUCCUCCUCCACAAGGGCCAGAUCGACCCCCGGUACAAGGCGCUGCAGAGGAGCCUGUACCACCAGCACCUGGCCCGGUGGCUGGAGGUCUUCCCCCGGGAGCAGAUACACGUGGUGGACGGCGACGCGCUCAUUCGGGAUCCCUUCCCCGAGCUGAGGAAGGCGGAGACGUUCCUGGACCUGCCGCCCAGGAUCAACCCGGACAACUUCUACUACAACGCCACCAAGGGCUUCUACUGCCUCCUGUCUGCCGGACACGACAAGUGCCUGGAUGAGUCUAAGGGGAGGCCGCACGCACCGCUGAGCACCCAGGCCUUGAAGAAGCUUUGUCGGUACUUCCGGAAACCCAACAAGUUAUUCUUUGAGAUGGUGGGGAGGUCGUUCUCCUGGUGCUGAUCCGACGAAAGGAGAUUCAGGGACACCGAGAGGAAGAAAACUGUUGUUGCCGUGUCUUUGUAGGUAGAGAUGAGUUGAGUCGGAAACGUCUCUUUUUUUUUUUUUACAACUCAGGUAUAAACAUGGCCAACAAACAAAGCAUGGGAGGACAUAACGACGAACUCUUGGCAAAACUCUACUGUGACCACCUCCGCUGAGCUCACCUGACGAAGCCACAACAACCGUGCCAUAGACAAGUUUGAAACUAACAAUACGACUGGUCGGGGCCGUUAAAAGAAGAUGUGUAGACUUUGACGUGAUGUAGAAAUAGAAAAGGGUUUGAAGUGGUUGAUUAAUGAAUUAAUUGUUGCACUAUGAACUUUUAAAAAAGUCGACCAAGGUCCAACGUAAACUAUUUCAACUUGUCGAUUUGUCUCUGUUGAAGUUUUGUGUGUUUUAGUUUAGUCAUCCUGUUACUUCACUUGUUUUUUUAUUUAAUCUAACGAGGCUAAUUUGAUCUCACUUAAUUUUUUAAGCUGUUUUUGAAGUUAGCACACGUUGUAGUUUCUGCUAGUUUGUGUUUUUUCUUUUUUUUUUUCUUUUUUUUCUUAUCUAAUAAAUCUCAACAGUCUCUUACUUGAA